UGGGAGGAGUAACUGUAGAAGUUUGACGAUUCCAAGGUGAAACGACAACAAUUAAAAAGAAUCCCUGAAACUGAGUCCCAAUCCCAAAGGAUGAACCCUGAAAAUCCGAGGAUUGAGGGCAGAGAGAAUCAAAAUUUGGACGCUUCAAGCUUAGAGGAGGGGGAGCGUGAGUCGGAUGAUGCUGGAUCUGACUCCAAUCCUCUUCUAAACGUCGGCUGGGUCAUUGUCGACAGUGAGUAUGAGGAAAGCGAGUUGGAGGAUGAGCCCAUGCAAGGAUUUGGAAGUGAAUUAGAUGAAGACCAGUUCAUUGAGGAGGAGGAGGACAGAAACGAACUGUCUGAUGCUGAAAUGGGCAGCCACUCCAAUGCCAUUGGCACAGAGGUUGGCGAGGUCCAGCGAUUUCCAGCAUUGCUGUCCUACCGAGACUACAAAAUUCUCAUCUCUGCUUGGGAGAGGAGGAGCAGUGGUGUGAGGCGGAGCAGCGGUGUGAGGCGGAGCAGCGGUGUGAGGCAGAGCAUCGGUGUGAGGCGGAGCAUCGGUGUGAGGCGGAGCAGCGGUGUGAGGCAGAGCAUCGGUGUGAGGCGGAGCAGCGGUGUGAGGCGGAGCAGCAGUGUGAGGCAGAGCAUCGGUGUGAGGCGGAGCAGCGGUGUGAGUAUCACGCAUGUGAGAUGAAUAGUGGGCAGGAGCUGCAGUUUUUUUCGGGG